AUGAAAAUAACGAAAUCUACAGUAAUUUUCUUGAUUUUUGUAUUAAUGUUGUCGAUAUUUGUAGCAAAUGUUGCUGAUCUGAUCAAUGUUGAUAAUCAUGUAUUAGAUGAUACUUUACAUAACGGAGAUAUGAAAAAAGAAUGGUCAGAUCCAAAAUUUUAUAAUAUCGGAACAUCAUUCGAGCAUUUAAUGUGGUUUUUGCAGAUAUCAGAUAUACAUAUAAGUAUAUUUCAAGAUCCAUUUAGGAUAACAGAAUUAAAGGAAUUUUGUAAUAUUACUGUGGGUACUAUUAAGCCUUAUGUUGUACUUGCUUCAGGAGAUCUUACAGAUGCAAAAGCCAAAGAUAAAAUGGGAUCAAAACAAAUAUUAGAAGAAUGGCAAUAUUAUAAACGUGUUUUAGAUGAUACUGAAGUUAGUAAAAAAACUCUAUGGUUAGAUGUGAGAGGCAAUCAUGAUAAUUUUAAUGUAUUAACUCUUGAGUCAAAAAACAAUUAUUAUUCAAACUAUUCUAUUCAAGGAAAAAAGCACCCAAGAUCUUAUAUGUAUACCAUAAAUGUUGGUUCUAAAUUAUAUACAUUUAUUGCAAUAGAUGCUUGCUUGAAACCUGGUCCCAGAAGACCAUUCAAUUUUGUUGGCAUGUUAGAUGAGCAUGAAAUUAAAAGUAUAUACAAUUUAGUAAAUAAAUCCAAGGAUAAUAACGCAGAUUUUAUAAUAUGGUUUGGUCAUUAUCCUACUUCCUGCAUACUAUCGCAAACUAAUAUCAGCAUUAGAAAUAUUAUAGGCAGACAUAGAGAAAGUAUGGUAUAUCUUUGCGGACAUUAUCACAUGCUUGGUGGAACAGUACCUAAUAUGUACACGCUACAACAAACAGGUUUCCUUGAACUAGAGUUAGCAGAUUGGAAAGAUAACAGAAUGUAUCGUUUAGGAGCAAUAGAUCAUGGUCAAUUUUCUUUUAUUGAUAUAAAACACAAAGAAUGGCCUGUAGUACUAAUUACUAAUCCUAAACAUGCUUUAUACACAAUGCCCAGGAAAGAAAAUAUAAUGUCUAUUAUUAAAUCUACACACAUUAGGAUAUUGGCAUUCUCUGUAGCAUUGAUAAAAAUUGUUCAGGUCCAAUUAGAUGACAAAGCUUGGCUUGAGUGUGAACAUGUUAAAGGACCACUUUAUGUUUUGAGAUGGAACACAACUGACUACAGAGAGGGAAUACAUACUAUUCGAGUGAAGGUUAUAGACAUAGAUGGAAGAGAAGCAAUAGUAUUUCAGCCAUUUGCUCUUGAUGGGUCACGUUUAUCAUUUCGCAUUUUACCUAGAUUUAUACUUAUGUCUAAUGUCAGUAGCAUUUUCCAAUUUUUGUUUGGCACAGUAUUACUUUUAUUGGUAAUUCCAUUAUGUUUGCUUCGUUUCUUUCAUAUAUUAUGUGAAAGGAAGCAAAUGCACCGACCAAGAUUCAGAAUAAAAUUUUUUCAUUCAUGGUUUAGAAAAUUGUGGAUAUUAUCUACUGUUGAUCGUCUAUUUUUUCCAUUAGUACUAUAUGCAUUAUACUUAACAAUUGGUCCAUGGGCAGUUGGUGAAGUAAUAGAAAAUCAAACAGGCAUAAUUUUUGCUUGGGGGACAUUUAUAGGAAAUUCUUUUUUGCCUGGUGCCUUUACUUACGCUUAUGGAUUUUUUCAAUUAUUUUCCUUCCAUUUACCACUAAUGUUAAUCUUAGCUAAUAGAGUGGAUAAGCGAUUACAAAAUAUUAAACCAAAUGGUAAACCAUUAUCUAAGAUAUGUUUUUUCUUACAAUACUUACCAAUAACGCUAUUAAUUAUGAUGCAAACCUGUAUGGCUUAUUUCUUCUGGUUAGCAUAUGGAACAUUAGCUACCAUAUUAUGUCCUUUACGCACUUGGAGUAUUUUUUUAGCAAUAAUCUUAUGGCAUCAAGUAGAUACAAUGCCGUAUUUUUGUCUAAGGUCUGCUGCAAAAGUAUGGUCUCCUCUUGGUUAA